AUGGCGGAAGGGGACCCCACCCUCUCCCUGCCUGGCGAGGGGGCAGCCGGGCCAAGGGGGUCUCUGGGCGCAGGAGAGCCUGUGGGGAGGAGGGGGGAGAGGAAAGGAAGCGCCCCUUCUCUCUCAGGCAGCCCCAUGUCUCUUCCCACCCCCCCCCCAGGCUGGGUCCAUCUCUGGGCUUCACAAAGGACCUUGCGAGGCAAACCUGGGCGGGGGGGGGAGGGACCCCCUGGCUCAGCCCCUCCCCCACUCUCCUGACCCACAGGGGGAGGGGCAGCCCUUCCCUCCUUCUCAUUCAGCCUCUCCCCUCCCAACCUCCCUGUUUGCAGAUUGAAAACCACGUCCUUCUCUCCCCGCAAACCCAGGUCACCCCCAGAUAUGAUGCCCCCCCGCAGCCAUCUCGCCCCCUGCUGUGGGGAGGAGGAAGGAGGGGGGCCAGGCCCCCAUGGAGCCCCCAAAGGCAGCGCCGUCCCGUCAGCUUCCCAUCUCAACACAGGGAGAGGCUGCUCUAUGGACGUAGCUCUAGGGGCAAGCGCAUCCCAAAAGGAACCGGAAGUGUUGUAGCUAAAUGUGCCGGAAGUUGCCAGACAGAGGAAGGAGGAGGGGCGUCGCUGAAGAGCCCCCCGCCCGCCGCCGCCCUUUCUAUUGCAGACAAGCAAAGCGGAGUAAUCUGGAGCCAGGGAGGCGGAGGACCAAGAGGUAAAGAGGGAGAGAAGGGGGGGAAAUAGAGGGGGGGAUAAGGGGGGAGGACAAAGAGACCCCCCCCAAGGAAAGCGCCCUCCCUGGGGCCCGUCGACAGGGGCCCCGAUCCAGGCGACCCAGGUGGGAAGGGGGGACCCAACACCUGCAGGGCUGGCCUUGCAAGAUCUCCUGGGCAGCAGCAGCACCGCCAGACUCCCCUUUCUCUUUCCUGGGGGGCCGAGAGAUGCUCAGCUGCCCUGCCCCCCCUGGAGGCCUUGGCGGGAAGGGGAACGAGGACCCCAAGCAGGGCUGGGGGUGGGGCUGAGGCCCCCCAUUCUCCCUGGGGUCGUGGGGCGCCUGGCUGGGUCCCUAAGAGACCAGCUGAGUUUGUUCUGGGGAUAAGCUUUCGUGUGCAUGCACACGAAACUGAAUUUACUGAGCAACAGUGGUCCGCCCAGCGGGCUGAACUUGCUGCUGUAAUCCUUGCCUUUCAACUCUUUCCUGAUAAACCUUUUAAUUUGCUUGUUGAUACACAAUAUGUGUAUCGCCUUCUGUCUUCCCUGCCUGUUUCUUAUAUCAUGCCUGCGUUAGAUGCUGAUUUGUUUGUUCUUUUUUCUACCUUGCAGUAUCUUAUUCAAGAACGCCGUCAUCCUUUUUAUGUUGCACACCUUCGUUCCCACACCAAUCACCCAGGGUUUUUGGCUCAGGGAAAUGCCGUGGCAGACGCUGCACUGCGAUCUGA